AUUCCUGUUAGUCAAGAUCUGCUUAACUGUACAGGCAAGAUAUUGCCUCAUACAUCUCGCUUUACUCAUCAACACUUCCUCAUUUAAAACGAGAAUUGUUUUCAGCUCUCACAAGCAGAGGUUCAAGAAAGUCACAGACAUGUCAGUCAGUUAAGUCUUUUGUGUUACAUUGAAAACUGCCAAUACUGAAGGAUCCUGGAUGUGGCCUCUUUAAACUGCUUCAUAAGUCUUGUGCGUCUGGGAACAAGGCAGUGAGAAGUGAAAGCUUUUUCUGCUGUAAGUGGCAUUAUGCUGGAGAGAAGAGAGAGAAAGUGACAGUCUCCAGACAAAGCAUUUUUUUAAUGCCACUCCUUUUAGGUUUUGUUCUGGAAAAAAAAUAUCAGACAAGACUGCUGGAGAACCAGUUGCAAGAUCAAGCCACUGAAGCACAGGAAGACGCACAGGCCUGUGCCAGAACACUUUAACCUCCCUGGACACUCCAUCACGGACCUGAGGGUGGCCAUUUUCAGGCAGCAAACCUUUACAAACUGACUCAUACAGGAAACUGAGGAACAAGAAAUCAUCCACAGACUGGAUUAUGUUAAAGGCAUCACCAUUCUAUGAGGAGGCACACAUGGAAAACUUAAUGAAGUGAGAGGAUUUGCAGCAACUGGUGCAAAAAUGAAGAGGGCAGGUGUCCUUCACUUGAUCACUUGCUUACUACUGUGGUUUGUACCUGGUGUGGUUCCUCAACCAACUUUGUACCAAGCAAUCAAUGGAGACACUGCUAUUCUGCCUUGUGCCAAUCAGACAUCUGAAAAACUGGACAUGAAGAAGUAUUCAAUAUACUGGCAGAUUGAGUCAUCAGUAGUGCAUUUUUUUCAUAAUGGGGCAGAAUCACUGAACAAUCAGCUUAAAAGAUAUCAGAACCGAACCAGGCUCUUUUUGGAUCAGCUGGAACAUGGUAACUUUUCUCUAAUACUCUCUCAAGUUCAGCAUGAUGAUGAAGCUGUGUAUACCUGCAUCUACAGAAAUGGAGAGACCAGAGCAAUAGGGAAGCAUGCAGUUAGACUGAAUGUCUCAGAUAUCCAGCCAAAAGAAGGGAAUUCUCUUUACCUUGGUGAGUUAUACACUACUGAAAAAGCCAUAGGGUCAACCUUCACAUCAUCCUAAUUGCAGCAGCAAUGCAAAGGACUCAGAUGCAUUUGUUUUUUCUUUUCACCUCCUGGUGGUAAUAAUGGCUUGGAUUUUACGACUGUGAAUACAAACUUUCAUCUUCAACCUUCUCCCAGUGAGUGACUUCAAACUGAACCCUUCUGUGUGGUUGACUAUCACUGUUCCAGAAGCCACAAAUGAGGCAUUGAUACUUGAGAAAAAGGUCACACUUUAGGUACCUGAAUCCAUAUUUUGGUGCUCAGACAGGGGUCCUGAAUCUUCAGAAACGGCAAGCAUCAGAGAUUGUGAGCCUGGCUUUUCUUUCACCCAUAUUUGGGAGCCUAUCUUUAGCCAUCCGCAUGUGAAAAAAUUGGUGAUGAUAGUUCUCUUGUGCUUUUGUUGUAAUUACUAUUUCAAAUCACUGAGUCUUACAAUACUAUGUCACAUUAUAAAAUUGUUCCUUACUGUGGUUAUUUUGCGUAAGAUUCCAUAUGUUUCGCAAAGAGAGAAAUGAAAGAGUAGAAAGGGUAGCUGCUCUGCAUGUCAGAUAAAAAAGUGGAAGUAGUAGAAUUGGUUGUGAAAAUCAAGAGUGGAAACACUGUCACAGAAAAUUUUGAGGCUGUACAAUUGUAGCUCAUAUUUCUGCUCUUUUAUGUGUCUAGGUCAUCUAUGAUCCCUCCUUCUCCUUCAAAAAGAAAUACUCUAUUCACUCAAUAGGAAGAAGAGUAAUGGUGGAAGGCAAUGAAACAUUUAAAGCAAGCAAGUGCAGAGGAAGAUGAUCCCACCAACAGAUCAGCCAGACUUUAAAAGACAUAAUCUGGCAUUUUCACCCCCUCUUCCUCAUAGAACAUAAGUUAAAUACAACCAGUUGACAAAAGUCUGAAGUUCUACUUGGUCUGGAUGCAAGCAAUCCCAUGACCAUUGACACCUAGUUACUAAUUCAUAUAGGAUGUAUUUAAACAAACAAAACAGGAAUACAGAAUGAUUUAAGCAUCCGAAGUUUAGGAAUGAUAAUUGUCUGGAUUGCACUGGUCUGUUCUUUGGAAUGCUCCAUGCAGGAAACUAAAGAGGAUAUCUCUCCAUGUUUAAGGUUGAAAUUAACUUCCUAUUGAUUAACUUCCUAUUUGGAGCUGGACCGUUCUCAGUGGUGGCAGAUGACAGAACAAGAAGCAAUGGUCUCAAGUUGCAGCAAGGGAAGUUUAAGUUAGAUAUUAGGAAGAAUUUUCUCAAGAGAACGGUAGUAAAACACUGGUACAGGCUACCUAAAGAGAUUGUGGACUGUCCAUCCUUGGAGGUUUCUAAGACUCAGCUAGACAAAGCCUUGGCUGGGAUGAUAUAGGUGGGGAUGAUCCUGCUUUGAGCAGGGAGUUGGACUAGAUGACCCCCUGAGAUCCCUUCCAAUCCUAAUUUUCUAUGGUUCUAUAAUAUCAAGAAAAAUUGCAUAACCUGUGGGACAGCCUGCUACCAUCAUGACUGCAGUGCUGGAUAAUUUCUUACCAAGGUUGGAGUAACAUCAGAGCAUCUCAGAGGGGAGGAAAAGUAGCUCACAAGAAUGUACUGUGAGCAGCUUGGUUUUGGAUGAAGUCAUUCUACACUCCUUUACAAACAAGACACAACUGUACUUGCUGGAAAGGAAAAAAAGGAAACAAGAGACCUGCUGCUCCUUUCUGCAGCCUUUGAUGAAAGAGAUUUUCAGGGAACAGAGACAGAUACCCCUAGUGUGGGGAAAAAGCUCAUGAAAAUCUCUGCACCUGAGUCACGGCUGGAAUCAAACAGAGCCAGUAUGUACAUAUACUGAAAUGAUAGAGGAGUAGUUGGGUAUAAAGGCUAUGUAUCGAUUUAACAGAAAGAUUUGUUUUAAAAUAUGUACAUAUUUGUAACGUCUUCCAUUGUCUUAUCUUCCACAUGUUGUUUGUUGUCAUAAAGCAUAAGCUCUUCAAAACAGAUGUUAGCCUUCUACUAGAAGGAAAAUAAUAAAUAAUGCAGUCACAUGCCA